AUGGGAAAUAAAGCGGGUGGUAAAGGAAAGAAAGAUCCAACGAUAUUAACUGAUGAAGAUAUAAAAACAUUAAAAUUAAAUACUCAAUAUACAGAAGAAGAAAUUCAAGCAUGGCAUUCAGGUUUUCUCAAAGAUUGUCCAUCGGGUAAACUUGAUAAAAAACAAUUUCUAAAUGUUUAUAAGAAAUUUUAUCCCGAGGGUAAAGCUGAUAAAUAUUGUAACUUUGUAUUUAAAGCAUUUGAUACAGAUAAUAAUAAUUGGAUUGAUUUUACAGAAUUUUUAUUAGCUGUUGGAGUAUCUCAACACGGAAAUCUUGAAGAUAAAUUAAAAAUGGCUUUUGAUAUCUAUGAUCAAAAUAAAGAUGGACAAAUAAAUCGCAAAGAUAUGAUUAAGAUAAUUGAAGCAAUGUAUGAUUUAGCUAAUGAAGAAGAUCGUAGUGGUGAUAAAUCACCAGAUAAACGUGUUGAUCUUAUUCUUCAACGUUUAAGCAAAGAUAAAUCUGAUGUUGUUCUUCGUAAUGAAUUUGUUCAAGGUUGUCUUCGAGAUGAAUUUUUACGUAAAAUUCUUGCACCAAAUACGGCACUUCUACCAGGUGGACAGAUCUCGAACACAACAACUACAACAAAUGCCUCAUUAAAUACAACGACAUCAUUUAAUGAAACGGGUGCAGCCGUUUAA